UUUUCAGUUUUUCAUGUUUUUUAUUUUCCGCUUUUUAAAGAAUCAAUAAGUCAUUUUUCUGAUCUUCGGUUGUUAUUGAUAAUUUGUCCCUCCAGUUUUUUAUUUUUUUCUCGACAUUUUUUGUUUCUCUCUCUCUCGGCUUGCAAUUCUUUCCCAUCCUCCUAUUCUUUAAUUUUCUUCUAUAUAUUAUCCAAUCAUUUAUCGAUCUGUUCUAUUAUCGAGAGCUUGUUGAUGAAGAGGUAAUCCAAUAUUCACCGACUGUUAAUUUUCGGGUUAAUUUUUGAAUCCUCAAUUCAAUUUUUCGGCGUGUGAAAUCGCAUUCACAUCAUUGCGUCUAUUAUGUUCUACCGACGGUCGGUAACAAUGAACAGAAGAGGCAUAAGAAAUUGAUAAUGAAUAGUAGGAACGCUAAACCGGAACGCCCUUUGUUCUCUAUUCCCCCGUUCUAUUCCUUAUAUUCGUUCCUUAUUCCUGUUUAUGUGAUUGUGCGUCAGCCCUAACAGUGGUAGUGACUUAUGCGAAAGAGGAGUUGGUAUACUAUGAUUCAUAAGAACCGCCAGAAGUACCGAAUUCUCUCGAAUCGCUCAUGAAUAUUAAGUCAAAGGACAGAGGUGUUUACUUGUUGCAAAAAGAAACAACUAGUGAUCAAAAUCGACGUAAGUACAGAUUUUUUUUUUGUAUUUUCUUUUUUUCUCGUUGUUCUGGAAGACUUAAGUGUUAAUUGAUUGUGGAAUGCAAACAAUGCAAUUCAAUUCUUGUGCAUGUUUGUUGAUUAACGUGAUUGGAUGCUCAAAAUAUCUCACGAAAUGUGUUUUUUCGGUUAACCCUCUAUGGGUAUAUAAGAGUUACCCACCUCUUGACCGCAUUCUCUCUUGAUUGUCAUUCCUACAUAAAUGCGCUAGGCAACCCUGAUGGAUUAAACCCAGAGUUAACCCAGAGUUAUCUCAGGGUUCAUGGAAAACCCCCAGGGAAAAGAGAGACAAACUCUGGGAAAUUUCCAUAAUCCCAAAGUUAUGUCUGGGUUAACUCUGGGUUUGAUUCAUCAGGGAAUGUUUACCCAAUGUCAAUAUUUUCUUCGAGGGUUCGGAGCAUUAGUGGCCCAGCUGAAUCCUCAGUUCUGCGUCUGGAGUCGACCGGGGUAACUAUUUCCAUGUCAGUAAUUGGUCUUUUUAUACUCACGUCAUUUCAUUCUAUUGAAUCUGUCACUAGAAUUGAAAUGAUUUUCACGUUGGAUUGAAUCACACAACUAAUAAUUCUAUGGGCAUAAUUUGUUGAAAUCUGGUUGUGUGAGAGAUCUGUUUAAUGAAUAUAGUGAUGAGGGGGGGGGUGUAUUCAUACAGGGUUGAGCAAGUGUCACAUGAUUACACGAGCAUCUACAAUCAUUCAUUUCUACGAAUGGAUUUCAUCUUUAUUCUCCGUUUUUUUCAGAGACUUUUCAAAGAUGAGCUUCCAGGGAAAUUAUGGAUCUGGUUAUGCAGAUCAGUUUGCGGCGAUGAAGGGCAGGAUACAGCAGCUGAAGCAGCUACUGGCUCAGCAGCACCAGGCCACGGAGGAGAUGCAGCAGGAAAAUCGGCGACUCCAAAGGGAGUAUAAUUUCCUGAUGCAAUGCCAGCACCAGGUGCCACAGCACGCACCCCGAGGACCUGGCUUUCAGAGGCAAGCACGAAAUCACGGACAUGGAUAGCCACGAGGACAAAAUCAGAACCAGUAUCGUCAACAACAGCAGCAACAGGAGAGAGGACACAACCAGCGUCCGUAUAGACCGUAAGAGCAGGCCAGAGGACGAAACCAGGGUCGAGCGCAAGAUCGAGGGCACAACCAGGGUCCGUACAGACCACAAGAGCAGGCUAGAGGACGAAACCAGGGCCGAGAGCAAGAUCAAGGACGAAACAUUCCUCAGGAACAAAAUCACGGACCAAUUCGAAGUCGUGGUGUCAAUGGGGGGAGACAGCGUCGAGAGAGGAGGGAGGAAAAGGCAACGUCAAGUGUCAUCAACAAGACAUAUAAUUUUAAUUGAUAUGUCGUUAUUCAAUUUUCAAUAA